ACUUGCCCUCAGACGGGAGUAGUGUUUGUCAGUUCGGCCGGGUUACUAGCAAAGCUUGUACUGGGGUGUAGGGACAUUGGCAGGAAUGUGACGAGGACAGUAGUCAUGAGGAGGCGCCGGGUUACUGUGUGGCUGCUGCUAUUGGCGGCAGUCCACGGGGCUCGCACUGCAGACCCUCAAUUGUCCGACACGACGGCCACCAACACUGACCUCCCGGAAACUACCACAGAGUCAAUGGAAGGGCGAGGAAACAAGAAGUUUGGCGACCGAUGUGACGACACUAAGGAGUGUGGGUUCAGAGGAUCCGUGUGCGACACGACCCUCAAGUCGUGUCAGUGCCUGCCUCAUCUCACCGCCACCAAUCACAUCGACAAGUGCGGCAUAGCGGUCAACAUCAACGAAUCGUGUUUCUUCAAUGAACAGUGUGAAGUGAAGGUGAUUCAAACAGAAUGCAAGGAUGGUCGGUGUGCGUGUCGCUUCGAGAUGACAGCCGUUCUCAAACAUGAUAAGUACGAGUGUGUAGCGGACUACAAGCCUCCAGAGCCUGAGAAAUACGUGGACCCGAUCAUGAUCGCCAUCUUGGUCGCCAUGUGUCUCAUGUUCAUCAUCAUCUGCGUGGUUCUACGCCUCUUCAGCAAGUAA